UCUGACUAUCUUCCAUCAUCUUAACCUAGAAAAAAGCUUUUGCAGACUUUGAAUCUUGCGAGUGUUACAACAUAUAAUCAGCUUAUUCACUUUUAGGUGACUCAAGUUAAUCAUCAUAUAGUGAUCGAUAUUUCCAUCAGUCAAAGGCUAUUAAAUAUCUCCAUUGUUAAAUUGGUGAAACUGAAAUGAAAUACUGAAGUGGGUGAGAUGAAAAUGAAUUUGAAUAAUAAAGUUACAUAAACUAAGUUAGUCUGGUGUCUCUAACGUAAGAAUCACAUUUCAUUUUCUUUUGUUGGUAAUCCCCAUAGAAUCACUGAGCAACAAAGGAAGGGUGACCUUGAGUAAACCUCAUGGCUCAUAGACACGAAGGCACACUGUAAGUUCCAUUGAAUAUAUAUUUAUUUGUAAACUUAUGUUUUCUUCUCUAUCAGUAUAUGAUACAUCAUACACUCAACCAGUCAUUUUGAAAUUUUGAACUAUGAUUUAUAUAAUGGAGAAUAUUCGAUGUAUAAUAACAUUACAUUUCAACGGUAGAAAAUAUGAAGAAUCAAAUAUGUUAGAAAAGAAAAACAUCUAACAUUGUUUUUGAGCGUACCAUAGAUAGAAUAUUCCUUGAACGAGGCUAAUGUUGGGAAACAACCCCGCAUUACACUGUCAGUACACAGAAGAAACCGAUCACGUACACGUGGAAUACCAUUAUUACAUCAGCAUCGACGACAAAAGAAAAAAAAAAAAAACAUAUUCUACUAAAUGACAAAAACACCCUCGUCCCCGUUCAUAGCCGUUACGUUUGUUAUCCAAAAUCAGGACGUAAUGGUAAAUCUAAAGUCCGUAAUUUUUAACUUAUUACCGUUGUUAUUACAUUAGAAGCCAUCACUUUCUUGCUUCUCUCACUCGCAUUGUGUCUCUCUCUCUCUCUCUCUCUUUGGUUCAACAGUAACGAGCUCGGUUUCAAGCUUUGCGCACAGUGCGUCUUUUGUUUUCUCUUUCCGAGGGUUUGUGUUUUUGGUUGGAGGGGGAAGAAGAGGUUCUGAUCAUGGCGUCGAUGUCGUCGCCGGAUCAGGGGCCUAAGACAGAGGCGGGAGGAGGAGGAGAGAGCUCGGAGAAUGUGUCGGCGAGUGAUCAGAUGUUGAUGUAUAGAAGCUUUAAGAAGGCGAAGAAGGAGAGAGGAUGCACAGCUAAGGAGCGUAUCAGUAAAAUGCCGCCCUGCACAGCUGGCAAAAGGAGUUCUAUUUACCGUGGAGUCACCAGACAUAGAUGGACAGGUCGGUACGAAGCCCACCUUUGGGACAAGAGUACUUGGAACCAAAACCAGAACAAGAAGGGCAAACAAGUUUAUCUAGGAGCAUAUGAUGAUGAAGAGGCAGCUGCUAGAGCUUACGACCUUGCUGCCUUGAAAUAUUGGGGACCUGGCACACUUAUCAAUUUUCCGGUGACUGAUUACAGCAGGGAUUUAGAAGAAAUGCAAAAUCUCUCAAGGGAAGAAUACCUUGCAACUCUACGUAGAUAUACAUUUGGCAGAAAAAGCAGCGGUUUCUCAAGGGGAAUAGCCAAAUAUCGUGGCCUUCAAAGUCGAUGGGAAGCAUCAGCCAGUCGGAUGCCUGGACCUGAGUACUUCAGUAACCUUCAUUAUGGGGCAGGUGAUGAACGAGGAGCAGAAGGUGACUUUCUUGGCAGCUUUUGUCUGGAAAGAAAGAUUGAUCUAACGGGAUACAUAAAGUGGUGGGGAGUCAACAAAUCCCGUCAACCAGAAUCUUCAUCGAAAGCAUCAGAGGAUGCAAAGGUAGAAGAUGCCGGCACUGAGCUUAAAGCACUGGAACACACAUCCCAGGCAACAGAGCCAUACAAAGCACCAAACCUUGGUGUCCUUCAGAGGAAAGGAAAACAAAUAACAUCGCCGUCCUCCACCUCUUCUGCUUUAAGCAUUUUGUCUGCGUCACCUGCUUACAAGAGCAUGGAGGAGAAAGUGAUGAAGAUCCAAGAGAGCAGCAGCACUAGAGAAAACGAUGAGAAUGCAAACCGUAACAUCACCAGUAUUGAGAAGAGUCACGGUAAGGAAAUAGAGAAACCGGCUGUGAGUCACGGAGUUGCUCUAGGAAGUGGUGGCGGUGUUGCUCCUGCUGCUGCUUUGUCUCUUCAGAAAAGCAUGUACCCACUUAGCUCUCUCUUAACUGCUCCAUUGCUUAGCAACUAUAAUGCGUUGGAUCCCCUCGGAGAUCGUAUUCUCUGGACACCAUUCCUUCCCCCAGGAUCUUCUCAUACUUCAGAGGUGACAAAGACAGAGACAAGUUGUUCCACAUACAGUUACCUCCCACAAGAGAAGUGAGCCGUUCCCCUUUAGACUGUUUGUGAAAAAUGAUCUGAAGCAGGAAUGUACAGGUUUUUGUUAGUGUUUUAUGUGUAUUUUCAGUGUGGAAUAUAUAUAGAAUCAUUAUACUUAAAUGUAAAACAUGCAAAAUUAUGAUUUUACAGUAGUAUAAAGGUUUGCUCUUAAAA